GUCUGAACCACCGUCGAGAACGGAUGUGUGCCGGUUUAAAGUUAAUUUUACCCGCGCAAGUGUAAACUAAGUGAUAUUAUUGUAUUGGAUUACUCGUUUAUAUUGUGAAAUUGACCCUAAACAACCAAGCAUGUUAUAGUGCCAAGAGACGUACACCCGUAGUGAAGUUUAGUACUUUUAUACAUAACUUAAAUUUUCAUAAGAAUAGACAUUAAGGAUCAAAAUGGGUUGCAACACCAGUUCGGAGGCGAAGACACAGCCAGAAGAGAAAGAACCACAAGAAACUAACCAGACUAAUACAGAAGAGAAACCAAAAGAACCAUCAGAGGAGGACAAGUCGGAGGAGCAAGCGGCGACGAAGAUCCAGGCGGUGUUCCGAGGACACAAGACCAGGCAAUCCAUUAGCAUGAAGGCGGUCAGCAAGCCAACGGCGACGCAGGAACCGGAGCCUUCGAAGGCCGAACUGGAGGCCGAGUUCAGGGCCGACGACAAAGAGCUCUGCAAUGCGGCGACCAAGAUACAGGCCUCGUUCCGCGGCCACCAGGCCCGCAAGCAGACUCCUCAGGUGGAGAAGACUCAGGAAGAACAGGAUAAGGAAGAUAUAGAGAAGAUUGACCUGGCAGAUCCGGACCUGAACAAGGCCGCUACCAAGAUCCAAGCUUCGUUCCGGGGUCACAAAGUCCGCAAAGACACCCCCAACUAAGCUUGCCAUGCGUUCUUCUCUUUGCAGGAAUGUUCUUUGCAUGUAUGUCUUGAAUAUGGAAAAUAAAAAACGUGUACAGAUUUCUUUUGAAUCUUAAUUCUAUGCCAAUGGGGUUAUAAUCAAAGAUUUCAUACUAUUAGAUAUGUUACGUGCAUACAAAAACACCUUAAAAAGUGAUUUACACAUUUUAUUGUUUACUUACAUUAUAUAUUUAAGUUUACAUAUUAUUUUAGACUUUCGGAACACAAAUCUCGACAUUGUAUUUAUACUUCAACCUUUCUUGGUGAGUACUGUUUACCAACAAAGAAAUUAGAAAUGAUGGUAGAAAACGCCUGUUUUCAUAACUUGUUUAUUUUAAAUUAUGUAUGGUUUGUUUUUAAAAUUUUAUUUAAAAUACAUUAACCAUAUCUAAUUGUUUAAGCUUAUUAAUCACAUUUAUUUUCAUUAAUUUACGAACAAGUUAAUUUCAUUAUAUUAAAUACCCUAAUUUUUAAUCUGUUUGUUAGUAAACAGUACUCAUCCAUAACGGCUGUAGUAUAGGUAAUAUUUUAAAUAAGUUUCGUUGUUUAUAAUGCGACUAUAUGAAAUUAAGAUAAUUAGCCACUUUUACCCACCUCAGUUUCGACGCACUACUGACAUAUCUAAUAGUAUAAAAUCUAUGGUUGUGAUGCGUUUUGUGACUUCAAAUUGUUAUGUCAUUGUUUGGACAAUAUGUUGUUACAAAUUGCAAGAUAAUAUUAAAUAAAAUACGAUAUACCUAAAUGACAUAAUCAAUAUUACAUAAAAUAUAGAGUAUAAAUGUAAAGUUUUAUUAUGACUUAUUAUAAAUUUUCAUUUCUAUCUCCACUGCCAUUGAAUUCAAGACAUACACACAAAUUGCAAAUGCAUCGUUCAUUAGUAAAGUUAAAUAAGUAAUCGUUCGAAAUAUGUCAAUCAUUUAUAAUAAUAAAGUUUCUGAAUAACAAGUAACGACGAACGGAAUAGAGUUUGCAAUGCGAUAUUUUGUUCUUAGCAUUUUUAUCGUAUGCCAAAAAUCAUGUGUGAAAUUUCGCAUGCGAUAAAAAUACUAAUAUAAUUCUAAUAAUAAUAUAAUACGCGUAAUUAUUAUCGCUAACAGUCAGUGUUUCGGGCGGACUUUGCAAAUUGUUCAAUAGAUUCAGGAGACCUGUUACGUAGAAUUGUUUACCAUCUAUAUUAAAUUAAUUGACGUAUCGAAUGAUUACAGACAUGUAGAGAAGACGGGAAUUAAUAUUAAUAAUAAUUAAUUAUAUAAAUAAAACUAUAUAUAUGUAGGUAAACUAUAUAUUAUUGUUAUUAUUCUCUGUCCCAUUUUUUCUAUAACAAAAUUUUGGUCAUGAUACUUCGUAAAAAUAUUAUAAUUAAUAUUCAUUAAUAUUUGAGUGCUUUAAUAUUACAUUCCGGAAACCAAAGAUAGGAUUUAUUUAAAUUAAUUAAUAUUUAAUUAAAAUUAUAAUAUUAUAGUUAAGAUUAAAUUUUAUUUAGUGAAGAGUAGUUUUAGAUGAGAUAGUUUAAUUUUCAAUAAAACUCAUUAAGGUAGUUUUGUUUCACUAAUUUUAUGACAUUUUACUGUGCGGAAAAAUUAUUGCAAGCCAUUUUUGUAAAACAUUGAAAUUCAAUCGAUUUUCUUGUAAAUUGCCGGUUAAAUUAAGGAUUAUAUUAUUAUAUCAAAAUAUAUAAUAUUCGCCUACAAUAUAA